GCAAAAGGAAGAGAGCAACUGCAAGUAAUAUCAAUGAACUAGCCGCAGAUUUAUUUUUUAAGCAUAGCAAAAUGACAUUUUAAUAGUCAUACACAGCUCCUAUUGAAUCAUUUACAAAGGAUUUCGCUGUUUUUUCCCCUCAAGAUUGAUGGAUUGGUCUGAUUUGUGAAAACACUGAUGUGUACAGAAUGACUUCCAAUACAACACUUCUCCAUUAUGCCCACUCUGAUGUCUCAAACCACCAUGAGAACACUACAGUGGACAUCGAAGUCAUCAUGAAUGAGGUCAGCAUUGUCUUCCUCACCAUCAUCAUUUUCCUCGGCACCACCGGGAACUCUGUGGUCAUCUGGGUUGUCAGCUUCCGAAUGAAGCCCAACGUCACUAACGUAUGGUUGCUCAACCUUGCAGUAGCUGACCUGAUCUUCUGCCUGACACGAGUCCUAUCACUAGUCUCAAGCCUUUUCUUUGACUACUGGCCUUUUGGGGUCUUUCUCUGCAAGUUCAAUGGUUUCUUCAAGUACGCCAACAUGUUCUGCAGUGUUUUCCUUCUGGCUGUCAUCAGUGUGGAUCGAGCGCUCUGCGUCUGGUGCCCAGUUGCUACUAGGAAACGACGGACGUUAUGUGCAGCUCGUGUGGUCAGUGUGGGAGUUUGGAUUGUGGCCGUGAUCUUUAGUUCACCGUAUUUUGUGUACCGGCAGGUCUUCCCUGGCAAGAACAACCUGAGCCACUGCUCACUCAAGCACAAAGAAGCAGCUGAAGCAGGUGACAAUUCAGCAAAGUAUGUCUACUACAGCAUUCGUUUCAUCUGUGGAUUCCUGUUGCCCUUCCUGGUCAUCCUUAUCAGUUACAUACUAGCUGCUGUUGGGAUACGCAGAACACGGCUCUCGGGCAAAUCGAGGCCUCUGCGGAUUCUUGCUGUAUUGGUCAGUGCUUUUUUCCUAUGUUGGGCCCCCUACCACUUUCUAGGACUGGUCAAAUUGGUAAAUGCAGCCAACAAGGUGGUAAAAGUAGGAUGGAGAAUGGCUUCAAACUUAGCCUAUUUCAACAGCUGCAUUAACCCGUUGCUGUACUUCUGCAUGGGACUGAAGUUUAGUCAACGAUGCAACCAAAGUUUGUCUGGGAUUUGUCACAGUGCUUUUAUGGAGGAAGGCCAAACCCAGCGGGACACUUGGGACGAAAGAUAUAAUUCCAUUCCAAAGACUGCAGGCACAAGUGUGUCUAAAAACUUUUUUUAAGAGUUUUUAUUCUAUUUGUCUUGUUCAUUUAUCAUGUCUAUCAAAUAGCAUAACAUUUAAACGUAUUUUUAAAAUAUAUGUAUAUAUAUAUAUAUAUACACUCACCGGCCACUUUAUUAGGUACACCUGUCCAACUGCUCGUUAACACUUAAUUUCUAAGCAGCCAAUCACAUGGCGGCAACUCAGUGCAUUUAGGCAUGUAGACAUGGUCAAGACAAUCUCCUGCAGUUCAAACCGAGCAUCAGUA